AUGGCCACCAUUACGGCUCUGCUAGUACUCAUCCCUCACGAACAUGAACAUUCCAAAACUCCUCACGACCCUCAAGGUCGAACUGGAGCACCUCUCUACGGCCCUAGAGAUUGCAGUGCCCAUGUAAAGAGUCGCUGGUCGUUUGGCCGUACGACAGCUGUAUCACCAAAAUAUAUGCGCCUGCAACGACGGCGAUUCGCCAGUAGCGCUCGGUUGAACCCACGUGCCGAAGUGCAGGCUUCGAUUUCCAGAGCCGCCGCGCUCUAUCUUAGCUUGUAUCCUUCCUAUCACAUCGUAUUCCCCUUCAACGAGCCGGCUAGAGCUCGGCUGCGGCUUGGUCUAGGAACCGGCGCCGGUGGACUCGAGAAGAUUGAAGACGUGGUGGGCUUAAUCAGGUCUUUUGUUCGGUCGGCGGAGAGAACAACAGCGGGUUUCGGAGCCCGAGGGCGUCGUGUUGGCUGGAUUGACGAGCGCCGUGGCCCCCGGGAGUCUUGGCACUGCUCCCAAUCCCGAGUCGGAUUAGCGAUGUUCCGAGCGCUUCCAGAAGCUGGCGGAGCGGCCGUUCUAUCACGUGAGCCGUGCAGGGCUGCUGAACACGAGUCAGCUCUGGCUGUUGCGGGCUCGCGCUACUCAAUACCAUGGGCAAAAUUAUGGACGCGAUCAUCUCCCAGCGGCUGAAUUAUCUAGUAGAAACAUACGAGCUACUCCCACCAACCCACUUAGGAGGGAGGAAGAAACG